GAAGAGGCAGCAGCGGCAGCAGCAGCAACAAACUCUCUCCUGUCUUUUUUCUCUUCUUUCAGGAGUAGUUUCUUGCUUGGAGGAAAUAGCCAAAGAAGUAGGAGGAAAGUCAUUCAGCGCUGAUAGCUGCCAUCAAAAAUAAAACCAAAACGCAGACCUGGCUGCCCCCAUGCCUAUCGAAUUUGUUUGCAAAAUCAAAUUUGCAGAGGAGGAUGAGAGGCAGAAAAGCAAGCAGGAUGGGGACAGGGAGAGCCUGAUCGAAGAGAGCUGCACACCUAAGGCUAAGGACUUGGCCGGGUUUGCUAACUCCUGCUCCCUUCAUGGGAUUAACCACAUCUUUGUUUCUGGUCGCUUGGGCAUCCGGCAGACUCUCUGGGCUCUUGCCUUUUUCACUUCACUGGCGCUGUUUCUGUACCAAGCAGCCAAGUGUGCCAUCUCUUACCUGGAGCAUCCUCAUGUCACAGCUCUGAAUGAAGAGGCAACACCAGAGAUGGUUUUCCCUGCUGUGACCAUCUGCAACAUCAAUCGCUUUCGCUUCUCUGCGCUAACUGAUGCUGAUAUCUACCACCUUGCUAACUUGACAGGUCUGCCCCCUAAAAACAAGGAUGGGCAUAAACCAACUGAUUUAAUGUAUCCUGCCCCUGACAUGCAGGACAUCUUCAACAGGACAGGACAUCAGUUGGAAGAAAUGCUCAUGAGCUGCAAUUUCAGUGGACAGAACUGUUCUGCUGACGACUUCUCUGUGGUUUAUACCAGAUAUGGGAAAUGUUACACUUUCAAUGGCAACAAGACCACAUCCAGGAAAGCUAAGCAGGGUGGAAUGGGAAAUGGCCUGGAGAUCAUGUUGGAUAUACAGCAGGAUGAGUAUUUGCCCAUCUGGAGAGAGACAAAUGAGACUUCCCUCGAGGCUGGUAUUCGAGUUCAGAUACACAGUCAGGACGAGCCUCCCUACAUCCACCAGCUGGGCUUUGGAGUCUCUCCGGGCUUCCAGACCUUUGUUUCAUGUCAGGAGCAGAGGCUGACCUACCUGCCCCAGCCCUGGGGGAACUGCCGCUCCACCAGCAAAGAAAAGUUCCCAGGAUACGACACAUACAGCAUCAGCGCUUGUCGUUUGCUCUGCGAGACCAACGAGGUGAUGCAAAUGUGCAACUGCAGGAUGGUGCACAUGCCUGGAACAGCAGAUAUCUGCCCUCCCAGUAAAAUCACCUGCGUUGACAAAGCACUGGCUCAGCUACAGAAGAACAGCGGGGAUACCUGCCCGUGUGAGACACCCUGUAAUCUCACACGUUACGGUAAAGAGCUCUCCAUGGUCAAAAUCCCGAGCAAGGGCUCUGCUCGCUAUCUCUCCAGGAAAUACGACAAGUCUGAGGACUACAUCAGAGACAACUUCCUUGUUUUAGAUAUCUUCUUUGAAGCUCUGAACUAUGAAACAAUUGAGCAAAAGAAAGCCUACGAUGUUGCAGGUUUGUUAGGUGACAUUGGUGGACAGAUGGGUUUAUUCAUCGGAGCAAGCAUCCUGACAAUUUUAGAGAUACUGGAUUAUAUCUAUGAGGUGAUCAAGCACAGGUUUCAACGAAUGCUGAAGCCGCAAGAAGAGGAGAAAAAGAACAAGCAGCAAGCCAGCACUGUUGCAACAGUGGGUUUGGAAGAAAUGAAAGUAAAGGAUCCCAACGAAAUGACAAGGAGACACCCAGAGGGCGCCUAUGCCAACACGAUUCUCCCCAACCAUCACCACCCUCACCCUCACCCUCACCAGCGCCAUGCCGGACACCACGGGGUGUUUGAGGACUUCGCUUGUUAG